AGGAGCUCUGCAGGAUAACAAGCAGUAGACUGCAGCUGCAGCUUCACACUCUGACAGGAUGGAGCUGUAUCUAGACCUUCUGUCCCCACCAUGCCGUGCCGUCUUUUUGUUUGCCAAAACUCUCAAGAUCCCUUUUGAUUUUAAGCAUGUUGAACUUGCAGAAGGGCAACAGUACAGUGAGGAGUUUGCAAAACUCAGCAUUGUAAAGAAAGUUCCUGUUCUGAAGGACGGGGACUUUGUUCUGACAGAGAGCACAGCCAUCCUGAAAUACCUGGCAAGGAAGUGCUUGGUGGCGGAUCACUGGUUCCCGGCUGACCUGCGACAGCAAGCUCUGGUUAAUGAGUACUCAUCUUGGCAGCACCUGAACCUGCGGUCACACUGUUCAAAGGUCUUUUUGUUCAAGACACUGUUUCCAGCAAUCAUGGGCUCUGAAGUCUCCAAAGAGAAGAUGGACAUCGCUCUUGAGGAUCUGAGACACUCCCUAGACCUGCUGGAGGAGAAAUUCCUUAAGGAUAAGUUGUUCCUUGUCAGCAACAAAAUCUCUCUGGCAGACGUGGUGGCAGUAGUGGAAGUCAUGCAGCCUUUUGCAGUGGCCUUGGAUGUGCUGGAAGGACGGCCAAAGCUGAGUGCCUGGAGAGAUCGGGUGAAAAAGGAGCUUGGAGAGAAGCUGUUUCAAGAAGCUCAUGAGAGGAUUCUAGACUCCAAGAGUCUGCAGCAGAAGAUGCAGAACAACAGCAGUUUGGAAAAGCUGAAACCCAAGUAUGAGAAGCUUUUCCGCUGAGAAAGUGUGAAGACAAAGAUUUUCCGGCUUUACAACCUUCUGUCUUUGAAGGAUUUUGCUGCAGGUUUAACAUGACAAGUUUAACCCUCUUUGAACCAUCUCAAAUGAAUUAAGGUCUUCAUUAAACUCUGUAACUUCAUAGGAACUCUUUCUUGUUAUCAAUAAAGUCAAAGGUUUAAGCAAAAAUACAAGUGAUUUAAAACACUA